AUGGCAAGCUCGUCCCUUCGCUGGCUCCUGAUGUCGCCGACACGCAGCGGAAGUGUCCAAGGCGCGUGUCCAGGGUUCCUCACGUUUCGCCAAGGCAGAGCGGCCCGCCAGUUGGCUGACUCUCGUCGACCGCCUCUGCAGUUAUGGGCCCUGAGUGCUCAUCGCCGCACUGCGAUGUCGUUCUCGAAAUGGCGACAGACGUCUCACGUUUUCCAGCACGCUUCGCUCCUCACCAAGCCUCCGAAGCGUUGUCGCGCUGCUGCUGCGGAGCUCACGCCGCCGGCCUUCGCGAGUCAGUUGUCACCGGCUCGCCGCCGUGCCCCUCCUGUCUUACCUCCUGAGGCAAUUCCAAAGGACGCCGGAGUCCAAGUGGCCGAGAGGGCUCUUCUUUCUUCUGCUGGAGCGGAAGCUGCUGCAACCCCGCGUGGUCUUGUGCCAGCGACCCACGGUCGCGCGAUGACUAGCCCCGUUCGCCAGGGCGAACACCGCCCGCUGCCCUCUUUCUCGGUGCAAGUGGCGGGCGAUGCUUACAUCGUGGACAGACCUGGCGAAUAUCAAGCCGAAAAAAAGAAGCCGCGCCAACCGCUCGUCGGAUUCGUUGGACUCGGCAACAUGGGGCUGCGCAUGGCUACCGUGUUAGGGCGGUGUGGCGUGCAACUGUGUGUGUACGACGUGAUGGCGCGAUGUGUGCGGCUCCUGGAGGAGUCAUUUGGCGCCGUUCCAGCGAGUUCUGUCGAAGACCUCGGGCACAAAGUCCGUGAAUCCCACCUCGCCUUCAAGAAGAAAGAAAGCGCGAAGGCGCAGGCGGGCGCGAGGGGGACUUCCAACGCCACGCCGCGAUGCCCCAUCGUCAUCUCCAUGCUGCCAACUGCCAACGAAGUGCGAGACGUCGUACUCUCCAAGGGAGGUCUCCUCGAUGGCCUGACCGGGGACAAAGCAGUCGAAGGGCACAAAGACUCCUGCAGCGGCCUGGUAGUGGACUGCAGCACAGUUGGACCCAAUUCAGCUGUGGAGAUCGCCCAGGAGGUGCGGGAGCGAGGCCACCGUAUGAUUGACGCUCCGGUCUCCGGAGGCAUUCCCGGUGCGACGAAUGGGAAUUUGACCUUCAUGAUAGGUGGCGCCGCGGAGGAUGUCGAGGUGGCUUCCCCCGUGCUUAACUUCAUGGCCAAGAAGAUCUUCCACUGCGGUGAAUCCGUUGGCACGGGUCAGGUGUUCAAGGUGUGCAAUAAUCUGAUCCUGGCGACCACAAUGCUUGGUGUGGCUGAGGCGUUUCGCCUGGGCAAAUCUGCCGGCGUGGACUUAAAACUGCUAAACGAAGUUGUCAACGCGUCGUCUGGAAGGUGCUGGACAGCUGAGACCUACAAUCCUGCGCCGCUCGCUGAUAUGACGGUUCCCGCGAAUCGAGGCUACAAGAGUGGAUUCUCUUGCGAGUUGAUGGCAAAGGACCUGGCUCUGUGCCAAGAGACUUUCAAGGCGCAGAACCUCACGUGUCCCGUGACAGACGUCGCCUGCAGCAUGUUCGGGCGACUGUGUGAUGAGGGUCACGCAAAGCUUGACAUCGGAUGCGCGUUCGUCCACAACAUUUGA